CAAUCCGGUCGGUUUGGUGGCCAUUUUCUACAUUUCCCAGCCCGCCUUUAUUCCAUUUGCUCCGUUUUAUAAAACGGCGUAGCGACCUCUCCCCACAAAACGGCGCCGCUUGAGCAUCAUCUUCGUCGAAAAUGAAGAACAGCUUGGUGUCCCUUGCCAGAAGAGCACUCACGGUACAAAACCCAGCUGCAGACUGGCGUUGCUUUUGUUCUUCGCCAUCAUUCCCACCUCCUCCUUCCAAUACAAAGCUCUUUGUAGCCGGUUUGUCAUGGUCAGUUGAUGAGAAGUCCUUGAAGGAUGCUUUCUCUUCUUUUGGGGAUGUCACUGAAGUGAGGAUAAUGUACGAUAAGGAUAGUGGUAGAUCAAGAGGCUUUGGGUUUGUUUAUUUCUCAAAAGAAGUUGAUGCCAGAUCUGCGAAAGAUGCCAUGGAUGGAAAGGCAUUCUUAGGUCGACCAUUGAGGGUCAGUUAUGCUUUGGAGAAGGUACGCGGUGGACCAAUUGUUGUCCCGCGCCGUUUAAAUGGUGGAGAUGACAACAACAGUCGAAAUUCUUGAAAGUUCAGGUGAUUUCUGCCAAUUCCUCGUGCAGAAGGAUGAAUUAUGAGAUGGGAUAGCUACAUUACACAUAGGGUGAUGGUGGCCAUGAUUUUUUGUUAGAUGAAAGUGAAUUUCAAGAAUGAGUUAUGGCUCUUGUUGUUUACUUUUUACUUUCUGCCUUUUUUUUUUCAAUUGCAUUGAAAAUUUGAUGAACAAGUUUAGUAAAUGAUUCGUCAGAUUGGACUGAUUGUUUCGGAA